AUGUUCCGCGCUGCUGCCCGUUCUCUCGUCGCACCCGCCGCCCGCCGCGUCGCCGUCGCACCGGCACCCCGCCUUACGCCGUCGCUCCUCGCCCAGCGGUUCUACGCCUCGUCGUCGCUCUCGCAGGACACGAUCAAGGCGCGCAUCGAGGACGUCCUCAAGUCGUUCGAGAAGGUCGACUCAACCAAGCUCACUCCCACUGCGUCCUUCACCAACGACCUCGGCCUCGACUCGCUCGACGCUGUUGAGGUUGUCAUGGCCAUCGAGGAGGAGUUUGCGAUCGAGAUCCCCGACGAGGAGGCGGACCGCAUCACCACCGUUGGCGAGGCAAUCGACUACAUCUCCAAGACGCCCGAGGCUCAGUAA